UUUUUGCUGAAAUAAUAAAUUUAUCGUAGUCGGUUAUUUUGGAAAUUUUCAUAACCAAAAAAGUGCAAAAACCAACCAACACUGAAAACAUGAAGCGUGUAAUGUAAGGUAGUCUUGUAAAUAUGUGUGGACAACAUUACACGUCUAUUAUUUCCUCUAUUACAACAGAAGCGAGUUUUGAAAGAGUCAGAACUCACGAGUUUAUCAAGUUUUCGAAACACAAACGAUUUGAUCAAAGGCACCGAUCGAUGAUGGGGCAAUAUCAUAGCGGUGGAGAGAUCGUUUCUCCGGGGACGUCACCUUUUGAUGUCUUGCCGGAGGAUUGCAUCUCCAACAUAAUCUCUUUCACAAGUCCACGAGAUGCGUGCGUUGCUGCAUCGGUUUCCAAAACCUUUGAAUCAGCUGUUAGUUCCGAUUGCGUAUGGGACAAGUUUCUUCCACCGGAGUAUGAAUCUUUGGUUUCUCGAUCUCGAGUUUUUGCAUCGAAGAAGGAACUUUAUUUCGCUCUCUGCCACAAUCCUGUUCUAAUCGAAGAUGGCAAAAAGAGCUUUUGGUUAGAAAAAGCGAGUGGAAAAAGGUGUAUCAUGUUAUCUUCAAAGGAACUUUGGAUCACAUGGGGAAGUAGUCCUGAAUAUUGGCAAUGGAUUUCAAUUCCUGAAUCUAGAUUCAACAAAAUAGCAGAGCUUCUUGAUGUGUGUUGGUUUGAGAUUCGUGGCAAGACAAGCGCUCGUGUGCUAUCUCCUGGAACUCGUUACUCGGCUUACAUUGUGUUCAAGACGAAAGAUCGAUGUCCUGGAUUAGGGCAUUUGCCGGUAGAAGUUGGACUUGGUUUAGUGGGACAAGAAUCUUCUAAAAGAUUCAUAUAUUUCAUAGGGCCUAGGGAUCGAAGGGGAAGGAGGGAAACGAGAGAUGUAACAAAACCAGAUCAAAGAGAAGAUGGGUGGAUGGAAGCUGAGCUUGGUGAAUUCUUCAAUGAAGAAAGGUGUGAUGAAAUUGAGUUUAGUGUUAUUGAGAUUAAGUCCCCUUCUUGGAAGAGUGGUUUGAUCAUUCAAGGAAUCGAAUUCCGCCCUACGAAAAGCCAGUAAAGUAGUACUACCCGGUUUCGAUGAUUUUGGUAUAUGUUGUGCUUCAUCACUUCUAUAUCUAAGCAAGUGAGAAACUUUGUUGUAUUGUAACAUGAAUUGUUUUAUGUUUUGGAUUGUAAUGUUUUGUGAACUUGGGUUAUUUGAUCGGUUUUUUUUGGAUUGUAGUGUUAUUGUCAUCAUUCUCAAAUGAGAAAACUCC